AUUACUUUCUAGUAUAAUAAACACGAGUACAUUGAAGUGCGAAACAUGGCCGUUUAUAAAAUUGUUGUGCUGUUUGUGCUAGCAGCAUUUACGACUGCCAACUGCCAAGUUUCCCAAGGCGGCGCGCACACUGAUCAAGGUGGACCGCAUCAAGUUCAAGGUCCACGAAAUACAUUUAUUGGAUCAGACGCCCUGGGCGUGCAGAACCCCACUAAUUGGACCACAUGCGAUAUAACAACAGAUCCGAAGAUAUCUUGCCACGACUGUAACACUCGUCUCAUCUGUAAGCCUGUUGGUGGCAUCUUGAAGAUAUGCCGUGAUCCCAUGAGGCCAUACUGCAAUAACGGAAUAUGUUCCGCCAUUCCUAGCGCAGGCUGUGCCUGAAAAAAUGUGUUUGAAAAAGUGUUCGGUAUUUUUCUUGGCCAGUGUAAUACUAUUUUUUUGAUGAGUUUUGAUAUCUAUUUGUGUAAUUAUAAAAUUCAAAAUUAUUCUAUGUUUUCAGUUUUAUCUAUCCCUUUUCGAUAUACAUAACACAUUUUUUAGCCGGAAAUCUAAUUUCCGUUUUCGAUUUGAAAAGUUUUAAUAUAUUCAUUUUCCAUGCAAUUCCUUUAGAGUUCAGAAUCACUUAUAUGAUUUAGAACACAUACACAACAACAUGAAGUUGCAUUUCGAGUCCAACAGUAUAAACCAAAAUAUAACAUAAAAGAAAUAUAGAUAUGAAAGCUAUACAAUUAAUUGAAAUACAGCAUUUAGUCACAACGUCCAAACGUAAACGUCCCCAGUAAUUUCAUGCCUAACAUCUCGCCCAUUCUGAAAGGGUAAAGCUGCGGUUCACAGGUUCGCAUCUAUCACUAUAAUCGAAUAACAUUUCCAAAUUCAGGACUAUUACUGUAGAUUAUGAGAGGAUUUUGAGUGCCACAAUUGUAUUGACAACUUCUAUACCAAGACACUUAUUGUUCUGUGACCAAGGAAUUAAUUCACCUUGCUAAUUCACUUGAUGAAUAUAAAUAACUAGCUGCGU